GACUCACCUCACACGUUACUGAGUAACUAACCCAGCAUUAGACACACGGAGGUUACUAAAGUAGCCACAGAGUGCAGAUAUGUGAACGUUUUAAGAUAAUUAUCAUGUAAAUAUGUUGUCUAGCUAACAGCUAACACUGAAACGGUGACCUUACGUCACUUUGAAAACAUGCCGAGUACAUUUUUCUUCACCGUUGUUUUUCACGCUAGUUAUUCAGCUUCAUUUGACCGCGAUGGACGUAUGUAGCGUUUAUUGUGUCACGUGACAGACGCAUCAUGAAAGAGAGCACACUUCACCUUUAGUUAAGGUCAGCCAGCCCGGUGUCUUGAAUGGAGAGAAGCAGCGAGGAAGAAGCAGCUGAGGAUGAAGAGGAUGAAGACCAAGCAGCCGGUUGGGCUGUGACGCCUGACUGGUCGGAGGAAGGGACACCUGCACAUAAGGCACCCACAGGUGGAGUACCUGACCCUUCUGCGGACCUUUUAGCUCUGAGGCUCUGCGGAGAACUUGUGUGCCAGGACCAGGAGACACCGGAGAGGGAGACUGGACCAAAGGUGUCGAGCGGCGUGAUGUCUGAAGGCCAAGCCGAGAGAGAUGCUCCCUCCGUGUCUCCCUGCAGCCUCGUGGACACAUUCAGUCCCUCCAUAUCAAGCCUCUCCUCCUCUUACUUCUCCACCCAUCCGUCUUCCUCCUCUUCAUCUCCCUCUGUCCUGGCCUUGACUCCACCCUUGCCUCCGUCAGUGGAGCUUCCAGCUUUGUUGACCGAUACAAGGCUGACCCUGGAUGUGUACAAGGGAGGAGCAGCUGCACUGCCUCUGCUUUGGGGGUCUCUCCCCGGGCAGCUGAGGGGCCUCCAGUACCUGAGACUGGGCUCUGAGGACAAGCCCGGCCUGGAUGACGCUCUGGAUGUAUUACCCCAUCUGACCAAGCUGCGUUCGCUGGCUGUCCGAGGACACUGCUUUUAUGACUCACACGGUGACCCGCUGCCGGGCCUCCUCACCACUUUGCCCGCAUCGGUUUCCUCCCUCUGUCAUCUGGUGCACCUGGAUCUCUCCUUCAACCAGCUCACCGUUCUGCCAUCAUGUCUUCUCAGCUUGCCUGUGCUGUCCUCUCUGCUUCUCUGUCACAACCGUCUCUCAGAUUUGCCUCCUGGUAUCGGCCAGCUGUCUUCCCUCACCUACAUUUCCCUCCUGGGGAACGAGCUGGUCUCGCUUCCCUGGAGUCUGGGUCAGCUGAAAGCACUACAGUCACUGGAUGUUUCACAUAACCUCCUUCAGCGGCUACCUGAGGAAAUUGGUGCUCUGGAGGAGCUCGUGAAGCUGGAAUUGUCCCACAAUAAGCUGAAGCAGCUACCAGAGAGCAUGGGCUCCCUCCUUGCCCUCAGGGAACUCGUCAUCUACAGCAACGACCUCCGCCUGCUCCCACAGUGUCUGAACAAACUGCCUCUCCUGAAAAUAGAUGUGCGUGACAAUCCUUUGGGGAAACCCCCAACCCCUCCUUCUCUCUCUCCGAUACCUGAUCAAGCAGAAACGAAAAUUCAAGAGUUGCACCUCGGAUUUAACGAGCACAGUUUCUGUGUUUCGCCUGCUGGGUGUCACGUGUUCCUCCCAGGGGGGGCUGAGCUGCUGUUCCCCCCAGGGUGCCUGGUGACAACCACCAGACUGAAGUGGGUUGAGAAAAGGCCAGACAGGAAGUGGGUGUGGCUGGAGGAGCAUGACAUCUUGCUGAGUCGUCCAUUGGAACUUCGUCCUCAUGGAAUUACAUUUCUAAAGCCCGUGGAGGUGUGCGUGCCAUAUCAUCGGACAAAGAGAAGGGAGGUGGUGGUGCAGAGGUUUGACGGACAGUCAUCCAGCGCUCUGCCUACGGUUCUGAGGAGAGGAAGCGAGAGUCAUAGCAGCCACCCUGGAGGUCGUCCAGCCAGGCUGGCCUGCUGUGCAGUGAGCCAGUUCUCCUGGUUUAUGGUAGUGUCCCGUCCAGUAAAGGACAGUUGCUCUGUUACACCAGCUGGAGCCCUGCUGGUAUCCAGCGCUGACCCUGGAGUGAAGCUGCACUUCCCUCCAGACUCCACGGUGCAGGCCCGCACGAUAACAUUACAGGUGUUGCAGGUGUCUGUGUCUGAGGUACAGGCUCUGUGUGGAGAUCCUCAGGCUAGUGUCAGCCCUCUACUCUGCCUCUCCCAGACCCCCAGCAUACAGUUCCUACAGCCCAUCAAAGUUCAGGUUCCUCUGCCAUCAGGAGUCACAGGCCACACAGUCGAUACGUCCUGUUUGUAUCUGCUGCACGGAGACCCCACUGCCCAAACCUGGACUGACAUUACAUCGCAAGUCUCUCUCUAUGUCACCCAUUUGUAUGCCAUUUUCUACGUGACACACUUCUCCUGGUACUGGCUGUGGUACACCACUCAGCGGUGUGUGAGUGGGGCGGUCAGGAAGGUCUAUCAAAGGCUAAAACAGUUUAAAGUCCAGUUCCUCGUCCUCCAGAGGAAGACUGAUCCAUCACAAGUGAUGCUCCAGUGUUUACCUACUAACAGGGUGGACGGCAGAGUGCAGUCUUUGUCUGAGCAGUAUGACGGGCCUCAGCCCUCAGACCUGUGUGACCUGCUGGAAGGAGAGCAGUUCUUCGCUGGCUUUGAGAGGGGCUUAGAUAUCAGCGCAGAGAGACCCGACUGUGUGGAGGGAAGACUGUGUUUUGUGUUUUACUCCAGCCUGAAGAAUCUGAAGGAGGUGUACAUCUGUCCAGCUCUGGGUCAGAAGGGUCCAGUGAGGGGACAAGUGUCUUUUUAUAGAGGAGAGUUCCCCAGCAAUCUGCCAGAGGAAGUGGCAAAAAAGAGGAAAGGACCCGACAGUCAGUGGCUUGCAACUUUACCACUCAGACUUCCUGAGCUAAAUUCAGAAAAUAAUUUCAUCAUGGAAAAGCGCCAGUAUCCUCCUCUGAAUCUGGGUGACCCAGAGAGCGGCUACCUGACAGAGGCCAAUCUGCUGGCCAUCUCUCUUCAGAUAGCCCACGACUGGCGCGUUAUUGGCAUCAAUCUGGGCUUAAGCUACCAGGAGUUGGACCGCACCCAGUACAAGUUCAGGGACGACCUGGGAGCCUUAGUGCUGGACAUGCUCUUCCACUGGGCCCAGGGACAAAGGAAUGCAGGACCAGGGGCGGCGUCGAGGCUGGUGGCCGCCAUGAUCGACAGCGGCAGGAGAGACCUGGCAGAUGAGAUUGAGGACAUUGUCAGAAUAGGACGGAGAAAGUACUCUGAGUCUCUGAGAAGAGUAGGCCUGGAAGAACCCCACGAUACAGGACUAGAUGAACCCAUGCUGGGAGCAGAUGUCUGACUUACACUUGAGUAACCCGUUUGUUUACAAUGUGUGCCCAUCAUCUCAUCCUGCUGUCUAAACAACAGUUCUGGGGUGCAAAGAAUCUCUCUUUACACAAUUAUGAUAGCCAGCUGUGACCCCCUGAAGACAGAUGUAAUGUCAUGUUGUUUGUGGAGCUGGACCCAAGAGCAGAACACAGACAGCAGAAAUGCUUUUAUAUCCUUUAUUACGAAAGAACCAGGGGCUAGAAUCUGGUAAGCAGGCUGGAGGAAUGCUCGGCAGGCUGAGGUAGACGAGAGAGAUUACCGAGUGUUCGAGCUGGAGCAUUUGUUCCUGGUUGCGAACUGAGGAUCUGGCAAGGAAUGAGUGCAGGGCUGGAGAAAAUCAAGCCUGGAGCUUGAUUGGGGAACGACUUCCAGCUGCACCGGUCAAUUAGUGGGACGAGCACAGCUCAGACCAUGACAUUAAACAGAUGGACUUUUAGAAAACUGUCUCAGUUUUCAACACUACGGAAACCCAGUUCUGCUGGGACAAGAUACACAUUUGUGAAAAGUUAUAUAACAUGAAAAAGCAUGUAAAUACUCAUGCUAAAUCAAAAUGAUGAAGUUACAAUUCAUGUUUAACUUAUUGUGUCAGAAUUCUGACUUAAUACCUCAUAAUUGUGAGUUACAGCAAUAUCAUAAUAAUCUAGACAUGUUAUGCCAUAGAUUGUUUCUUAAUAAAAACUUGGUACGUCCAA